AUGGAUAUGAGUAAUGACAAAACUAACAAUUGGGGUGGAGCUUUUCGACAAGGCUUUUUAUGCCCAUUUUGUAUGGAAGACUUGGGUGAUUUGACUACUCUUCAUGCUCAUGUUGAAAAAUACCAUCCAAGACCAGUAUCCGUUGAUAAUUCUCUGGAUCAUAUUAAGGGAAUUAUUGAUAAAGCAAAGCAGAAAAUAUUGCAUAUAGAUAAUACGUCUUUUUCAACUGGUGAUGCUAACUCCAGUAAUACUGUUACAACUGUUAGCAGUUUUCUUACGACGAUUAAUGGUCGUGAAACCGAAAAAUUCUCUUCAUCAAAACACAGAUUCAGUUCAUUGCAGGGUCUUGGAAUUACUAGAAGUCAUACGAAUUUUUACCUGAAAUGCCGCGCUCCUUGCAUUAAUGAUGUUGCUGUAAAAACUAAUAAUUUGAUUAUCAGACUUGAUAAGUUGAUUAAUCAAACCCCUUUUGAUUCGAGCAAGCGUAAAGCUUUUGAACGAGAGACAGUGCCCUGGAAAAUGGAUUGUGAUGUUUUGAGAUGUCAGACAUGUUCAGCAAAAUUUUCAUUUACCAGAAGAAGACAUCAUUGUCGGUUAUGUGGUGAAGUCAUAUGUCAUAUUUGCUCGAAGUUCUUCUCAUUUAUUGAUGCCCGCAAAUUGACAAAUCCAGCAGUUGCAGCUCAGUUAUUAGAAGAAAUAAAUAAUCCAGAUAUACGUGUUGUUAAGGAGUCAUCGAAUGCCUUGCCACGUUCUGCAUCUGUUGCUCAAACGCUAAGGCAAGCUGUAUCUAGUGAAUCUUUGCAGUCAGUGCGUUUAAAAAGUGAAAAAUUACUUACAUCAACUUUAUCAUUAAUAAAACGGGACGAUACUGAAGUCAGUUUAACGUCGUUACUUCUGCAGGAUGGGAGUGAACAUCUUCGAAUUUGUAAUGCAUGCAAAACUUUGUUGGAUGUUCGUAACGAAAAAAUGGAGAUGGCUAUUUCACCGCCUAUGCUUGUUGUACUUUAUGAGCGUCUGUGUUCUCUAAUUCAUGAUGCCCAGAAGUUGCUCUCUUCUUAUGUGCGUAUUUCAGAAUCGUUAAGUCGAGGGGAAGUAAUGUAUACACUGGAUUCUGCUGUACAACUAAGAGAACGUUUAAUACGCUUACAAAAAGAAAUUGAUUCUGUCAGUUCUGGAAUGGAAAAACUAAAUAAUGGUGAUGAAAGUAAGUCAAACCGGCUCACUUGUAAGGAGCAAAUUAUCAGAAAAAAUAUCCGGGAGUUCUGUUUGACAAUUUUGCAGCAAUUGGUGGCACAGAUGAAUCUUCAUCCAACUGAGGACCAGUAUCAAGAAUUAUUGGAAAAAAGACGUAUCGAUAUAAAGCGUCGAAUAGAUAUGGAGAGAAAAAGAAACGCACUCAUUUUAAAGCCAUCAGCUUCAAAUCCUGGUUUUGAUUCACAUUUGUAUGAAAAUGAAAAUAGCAGACAAAAUUCUAAUGGCCACUUAAAAGAGUCAGUUUCAUUUACUGGUAUUAGUGGCAGUGGGGAUGAUGGCUGGACUCCUACCAGGAUGCUUCUACAUAUUAACCCAUUUAUUGAAGAAGAAGACCAAAUUGAUCCAUUGCAAGAACAGAUUUGGAUAAUAAAAGGGUACUUGAAGCAAGCUGUGGAAGAUGGUCGACUGGAAGAAGUCGAAAUAUUAGAGCAGAACUUACAUGACCUUGAAUCUGAGUUUGAAAAGCUUAAUAAGGAUGUUGUGGUUCAAACACCAUAG